UGGCGCUGCACGCAGUGCAACAUAAACAGGCGGAUGUGUUCCCGUGUCCGCAUCCGGGCUGUCCCAAGACCUACGACAUUUACCACCUGGUUAGCCAGCACUACCGCGCGCAGCACGACGCCGCAUCCUUAUGUGUCUGCAGCGACUGCGGUGCCGUUAAACGCAGUGCAUGGGACCUGUCCCAGCACAUGGCCACGCACCAUUCCGCCUCCGGUCAUCCGUGUCAGCAGUGCGGGAAGAACUUCCGGACCCUCGAAGCAUUGAACUCCCAUCGCUGCCCGGUGCACAGCAGGAAACGGAAGGCGAAGCGGAGGGCGCGGAAGCUGCAUGCUUAUGAGUACGAGUACCGGGAUGGACGCAGGCAGCCGCAGGAUUUCCCGUACAAAUGCGCAGUGUGCCGGCUCAACUUUAUGACGGAAGGUGGCUGGUUGCGCCGUUGCGGCAUAACGAAAGCGGUCAUACCGCGUGCCCGUCUGACGGGGAUAUUCUUGUGACGGACGAAGUUAAUCCUGUUUCAUCGGCGACGAACAUUUUAUCUGACACGGGACCUGUGAGAGAUAAAAAACGCCAACCGAGACGUUACCGUUACGAUAAACCCGAAAUGGUGGCCCGACUGGAAGCCGUCGUGCAGAUGAAUCCCUUCCAGUACCCCCUGCGGACGGACGAGCGCCGCGACGCCUGGGACGCCGCCAUCGACCACCCGGGCACGCACAUCCGCGGCAACACGCCGGCGGAGCGGCGACGCGUCAUGGAGACGUACAUCAUCAAAUGUCUGCAGUACGCGCCGCAAGCCACGCGGGAUUUCAACGACGCUGCCGGUCCGGUGUUCCAGCGCUACAUGCAGCUGCUCAACACCCUCAUUGAUUUGAAGAAGAAGAGGUCCGAUGAAGUCAGCAAUCCACUCUCCUAAAUGCGCCAAAAAUUUCCUGUAAUUUAAUAAUGAUUUAAUUGGUUUGGCUUUGAAGCUGACACUUUCAUUGGUUCAUUUUCUUUCUUUUUUGUAUUUCGGUGAUGCACUGUCUGUUGAUCUCGAUGAGGAGUUU